ACCUGCAGGUUCACACACAUGCUUAGAGAGAGAGAGAAAGAGAAAGAGAAAGAGAGUUUGUUUCAGUUUGUAGAUGGAUUUCAGUUCCUUCUUAACGUCCCUAGGGACGUCCUUUCUGAUAUUCGUGCUUCUCAUGCUGCUUUUCACGUGGUUGUCGAGGAAGCCAGGGAACGUCGUGGUCUACUACCCGAACCGGAUCUUGAAGGGUUUGGAUCCCUGGGACGCGUACGGCGGCUCCAGGACCCGUAACCCGUUCGCGUGGAUCGGGGAGGCUAUGUCCGCCACCGAACAGGACGUCAUAUCCAUGUCGGGGUUCGACACUGCUGUGUACUUCGUGUUCCUGAGCACCGUUUUGAGAAUCUUGGUCUUAUCUAGCAUAGUGUUGUUGCCAAUGCUUCUACCAGUUGCUGUUACUGAUGAUAGUGUGAAGUCUACUACGGCAACCACAAGCAAUGGGACCUUUAACGACCUUGACAAGUUAUCCAUGGGAAAUAUCAGACGGAGGAGUCCUCGGUUGUGGGCAUUUCUGAUUGCCACUUACUGGGUUUCAUUUGUUACAUAUUACCUGUUAUGGAAGGCAUAUAAAUAUGUCUCUGUAUUAAGAGCAGACACUCUUAUGUCUUCUGAAGCGAAGCCUGAACAAUUUGUUAUUCUCGUUAGAGAUAUACCUCUAGCCCUUCGAGGUCAAACAAGAAAAGAACAAGUUGAUUCAUAUUUUAAUACUAUCUAUCCUCAGACAUUUUACAGAUCAAUGGUGGUAACAGACAACAAAGAGGUAAACAAAAUUUGGGAAGAGUUAGAAGGGUACAAGAAGAAGCUUGCACAUGCUAAAGCCAUAUAUGCAGAGUCAAGAAGAACUGGUAAACCAGAAGCAAGACCCACCAACAAAACUGGCUUCCUUGGUCUCUUUGGUGCAAAAGUGGAUAGCAUAGAGUACUACAAGGAAAAGAUUAAUGAAUUAAUCCCAAAACUGAAAUCGGAACAAAAUCUCACUCUCAGAGAGAAGCAGCAAGAUGCUGCUCUGGUCUUUUUCACAAACAGGGUGACUGCAGCUUCUGCUGCUCAAAGCCUGCAUGACCAAAUGGUUGACAAAUGGACAGUUACAGAUGCUCCUGAACCACGUCAACUGCUAUGGAAUAAUCUUAAAAUCAAGUUUUUUCAGAGGCAAGUACGGCAAUUUGUGGUGUAUGUUAUUGUGGCCUUGGCCAUACUUUUCUACAUGAUUCCAAUUGGGUUUAUUUCUGCUCUCACAACACUGGACAAUUUAAAGAAACUUCUCCCAUUUGUAAAGCCAGUUGUGAAUUUGAAAGCACUCAGGACAGUGUUGGAAGCUUUCCUCCCUCAGAUUGCACUCAUUAUCUUCUUGGCUUUGUUGCCCAAGUUCCUUUUGAUUCUCUCCAAGGCUGAGGGAAUUCCCUCUGUAAGCCAUGCAGUAAGAGCUGCUUCUGGGAAAUAUUUCUAUUUCACUAUGUUAAAUGUUUUCAUUGGAGUGACAGUGGGUGGAACCUUGUUCAGUACACUCAAGACCAUUGAGAAGAAUCCUAACUCUGUAGUUACAAUACUAGCGAAUGGUCUGCCAGGCAAUGCAACGUUCUUCCUGACCCUUGUGGCUUUGAAGUUCUUUGUAGGCUAUGGUCUUGAACUGUCUAGAAUAGUUCCUUUAAUCAUAUACCAUUUAAAGAGGAAGUAUCUGUGUAAGACUGAGGCUGAGUUGGUAGAAGCUUGGUAUCCUGGAGAUCUCAAAUAUGGAACUAGGGUUCCUGGUGACAUGCUGAUUGUCACAAUUGUCCUGUGCUACUCUGUUAUAGCUCCUCUUAUUCUCCCAUUUGGCGUGGUUUACUUUGGCCUGGGAUGGCUAGUUCUUAGAAAUCAGGCACUCAAAGUUUAUGUUCCAUCUUAUGAAAGCUAUGGAAGGAUGUGGCCUCACAUGCAUUCACGCAUCCUAGCAGCUCUGAUAAUAUACCAAGUCACCAUGUUUGGUUACUUUGGGGCAAAGAAAUUCGUCUAUGUACCAUUCCUAAUUCCACUCCCCAUACUGUCCUUGGUCUUUGGAUAUGCCUGCAGUCGGAAAUUCUACCGCUUUUUCCGUGACAUGGCUCUGGAAGUUGCUUGCCAUGAUUUGAAUCAAAUUCCUAACAUGGACCAAGUUUUCAGAUCUUUCAUCCCACCAUGCUUGAGAUCUAAGGAGCUUGAUGAUGAUGAGUUUGAAGAUGCUUUGUCACCAUAAGUUUGAUGUACAUUUGUGUAUUCCACGGGAUUUAUGUUGGUUUUUAUACUCUUGUUUAAGAUAACUUACAUGGAACUUGGCAUAUUUGUUUAAGAUUGAUGAUGCUCUGUAAUCUGUCAUAUGUUAUGUUAAUUUGAACCACCUUGGGUGGAAUU